UACAGAGUAUACAAGCUUCGAGUAUUUUUAAUUUUUGAUAGAAACAACAAUGUCAGAUCGGCAAUUACUUUUGGGAAUUGAUAUUGGAACAACUUCUGUAAAAGUAUGCGUUGUCGAUUCAGAGACCAAAGAAGUUAUUGCAUCCCAACAAAAAGAUACACAAGCAAAUGUGCCUAGCGAUCUAGGUACGGAAGGAAAUAAACAGGAUGUUCCAAAAAUCAUUUCAGCCUUUACUGCUUGCGUUUCUCGACUUCCAAAAGAUUUAUUACGACAGGUAGUUCGAAUUGGAAUAUGUGGACAAAUGCAUGGUGUCAUGUUGUGGAAUGAUGAUGGCGAAGAAUCACGUGCAUGGAGUCGGAUAGAACGAGAAGAUAAUACAUUUAUUCGAUAUGAUAUUCCAAGAGAAAAAGUAUCUGCGUUGUAUACUUGGCAAGAUUCUAGAUGCGAGCCAUCUUUUCUGGCUACUCUUCCAAAACCUCAAUCUCAUCUUAAAACUUAUACCGGAUAUGGAUGUGCUACCCUAUUCUGGAUGGUUAAAAACAAACCUUCAAAAUUAGAGAAGUAUAACUGUGCUGGAACAAUACAAGAUUUUGUGGUGGCUAUGUUAGGAAAUUUAUCAAAACCAAUAAUGUCUUCUCAAAAUGCUGCUAGUUGGGGCUAUUUUAAUUGUACAUUAAGUGAUUGGAAUAACGAAAUUUUGUCAGAGGCCGACUUUCCAGUUAGAUUAUUACCCAAAGUUGUAGAGAAUGGCCAAAUUGUUGCCCACUUAGCCGAAUGUUGGUAUGGGAUUCCAAUCGGUACACCUAUAGGAGUAGCUCUCGGUGAUUGGCAAUGUUCUGUUUUAGCAACGAUUGAAAAUAUAAGUGAUGCAAUUUUAAAUAUAUCAACAUCAGCCCAAUUAGGAUUUGUUUCAGAAAAUUUUCAACCGCCAUCAGAUGAAGAAGAAAUAUCGGGAGAUCAACCAACAAACGCUGUAGAAUAUUUACCUUACUUCAAUGGAAAAUAUGUAAUUGUAGGUGCAUCAUUAAAUGGUGGAAAUUGUUUAGCGGCAUUUGUAAAAAUGGUACAACAGUGGUGCUUAGAUUUGGGUUUCUCUGUUCCACAAUCUACGUUAUGGACUAAAUUAAUUGGAUUAGCUUCUGAAGAUAAUGCGGUUUCAACUUUACGAGUAACACCAACUUUAUUAGGAGAACGAUCAAAGCCUGAACAAAACGCCAGCGUUCAAAAUAUCGAUCUAAGUAAUUUAGGAUUAGGUCAGAUGUUUCGAGCGUUAUGUCGUAGUUUAAUUGAGAACUUACACAAGUUAUUACCUAAGGAAUUAUUAAUUGAAUCAAAUAUACAACGUAUUGUUGGAAACGGUUCAGGUUUAUCCCGUAAUAAAGUAUUACAAAAAGAAGUUCAAGAUAUUUACCAAUUACCAUUAAUUUUUACUUCUGGUGGAGAUGCAGCUCGAGGAGCUGCAUUGGCUGUUGCCCCAGAACAAUGAAUAAUUUCAAUUUUAAAAUAAAUAUAAUUCCAUUAAUGCUUUUAUUUGUAUAAUAGUCCAAGAAAAUAGACAUUGAACAUAGAAUUAAUGCUGAAAAUUCUGUUGCAAUUAAUUCUUGCCUAUUAGAGUUGAAAAUGUUUUGUGGAAAUUCGAUAUUAAUACAAGUGGUAAGGGUAAAUGGUAAGUGGUAAGUUUUCUUUAAAUAUCUAAAAAAGGUAGAAUUUUCAAUAUUUAGUACCCUGAACCCGAAGGAUCGAGAAAUAUGACCACUAUUUCUCACCUAAAUAUUUAAUUAGCUGAGUAGAAAAUAGUAUUUGUGUCGCUUUUGCUCACCUUUAAAUUUUGUUUCAACUACAAUGUAUUACUACCGGACGUUCAUUGUCGAAAAAAACAUCGUUUUCGAUAUAUUUGCGAUAAACUUAAUAACACUUUUAAUCACACAAAACAUUUUUGACACUUAUACCAAGUUUUGUAUACAAACAUCCAGUCUGUAGUACUUUAUUUCAAAUUCUGGAGUUCUUUAUGUCGAAUUUUCAUGGAUUUUAAUUUCAAUGCUUUUCUUAAUAUUUAAUCAAAAGUAGAAAACUCAGUAGAGCUGUAAGGCAAAUCCGCUUUAGCAAAAAUUUUUAGCUAGGAGCUUUUAGUUGAUAUUUUAUUUUCAUAAUAGUCUGUGCAAUAACGAGAUUCCCGUAGUAUUUUGUGAUAUUUUCCAGUAAUGUUGUAGUUGUGAGAAUAGUGCCUUUACAAUACCGUUCCAGUUUUAGUAUUCUAUAGUUGUAUUAAAAAGUACAACGAGUUUAUAAAAGUAAUGAAAGAUUAAAGCGAAAC